GGGGCGAUCGCUCCCAUGCCCUUCCUCUGUUAUCAAACAAAGCAACACCGGCACCAGACCUCGGUACUCAUCAACUCCUGGUGCCACCCGUAUUCCCGGAUUGCCCGGGUCAAUCCCUGACCUCGUAUCACAGGGACUCGCGACAGCAAGCGACUGUCGGAAGUCAGGGGAAUAAUUUUGGAGUUUAUCUCACCAGCAGCAAGUGGUUACAAUGUACCCAGGACACACGUGGCUUUAAACAACGCAUUAAUUAUAGCAGAAAUGAUUUAAACACAAUUAUAUUUUACAUUCACACGUGCAACUCUGUGAUCUCGGCAGGGUCUGUGUUACGGGGUAUACAGAUGGCACCAUGUGGUUCCAAAAUCAUCGGAGCAGCUCCAGAAGAAAACAAAAACCGCUUUCGAUCAAAUUGUGAAUGGGAUCCAGGAACAGUGAACGGACGAUGGACAGGCGGUCGUGGCACUGCGCGAGGGUUGGCAGGCGGAACACAGUCCCCUCCAGUCCCCUCCAGGUGGGACACAGUCCCCUCCAGGUGGGACACAGUCCCCCCUAGGUGGGACACAGUCCCCUCCAGGUGGGACACAGUCCCCCCCAGGUGGGACACAGUCCCCCCCAGGUGGGACACAGUCCCCUCCAGGUGGGACACAGUCCCCUCCAGGUGGGACACAGUCCCCCCCAGGUGGGACACAGUCCCCUCCAGGUGGGACACAGUCCCCCCCAGGUGGGACACAGUCCCCUCCAGGUGGGACACAGUCCCCUCCAGGUGGGACACAGUCCCCUCCAGGUGGGACACAGUCCCCUCCAGGUGGGACACAGUCCCCUCCAGGUGGGGCACAGUCCCCUCCAGUCCCCUCCAGGUGGGACACAGUCCCCUCCAGGUGGGGCACAGUCCCCUCCAGGUGGGACACAGUCCCCUCCAGGUGGGGCACAGUCCCCUCCAGGUGGGACACAGUCCCCUCCAGGUGGGACACAGUCCCCUCCAGGUGGGACACAGUCCCCUCCAGGUGGGGCACAGUCCCCUCCAGGUGGGACACAGUCCCCUCCAGGUGGGACACAGUCCCCUCCAGGUGGGACACAGUCCCCUCCAGGUGGGACACAGUCCCCUCCAGGUGGGACACAGUCCCCUCCAGGUGGGGCACAGUCCCCUCCAGGUGGGACACAGUCCCCUCCAGGUGGGACACAGUCCCCUCCAGGUGGGACACAGUCCCCUCCAGGUGGGACACAGUCCCCUCCAGGUGGGACACAGUCCCCUCCAGGUGGGACACAGUCCCCCCUAGGUGGGACACAGUCCCCUCCAGGUGGGACAUAGUCCCCUCCAGGUGGGACACAGUCCCCCCUAGGUGGGACACAGUCCCCUCCAGGUGGGACACAGUCCCCCCUAGGUGGGACACAGUCCCCUCCAGGUGGGACACAGUCCCCUCCAGGUGGGGCACAGUCCCCUCUAGUCCCCUCCAGGUGGGACACAGUCCCCUCCAGUCCCCUCCAGGUGGGACACAGUCCCCUCCAGGUGGGACACAGUCCCCUCCAGGUGGGACACAGUCCCCUCCAGUCCCCUCCAGGUGGGACACAGUCCCCUCCAGGUGGGACACAGUCCCCUACAGGUGGGACACAGUCCCCUACAGGUGGGACACAGUCCCCUCUAGUCCCCCCCAGGACGCGAUCAGUGAGGCGAGGAUGCAGUAGUGGACAGAUAUCGACUGCGCACCGCACGGCAGCAGGGAAGUAAUGGCCCCUCGCCCCCUCCCCUUCACUCUGCUUCCCUCUCUCCCCUCCCCUCUCUAUUCCCCUCCACUCCUC